AUGUCAGAUACAACAAGAAAAUGUCAUCAAUAUAAUACUACGUAUUUAAAGUUCGGAUUUAUUCCAUCGCCAUCCAACAUGCAGCCACUAAUGUGUUUACUUUGUAACAAAGUGUUUGCUAAUGAGGCAAUGAAACCAUCUCGUUAGCAGGAGAAUUUGCAAAAAGUUCAUCCUGAAAAACACAAUAAAGAUUUGUCGUUUUUCACAAAUAUUAGGGACAAGUUUCUGAAGGCACAAUCGGUCUCAGGCUUAUUCGCAGGCUCACCAAAAAAAUUCGAUGAUGAUUUGAUUGCUUCUUACAAUGUAUCCAAAUUAAUCGUGAAAUCGGGAAAACCUCAUACCAUAGGUAAAGAGUUAAUAUUUCCAGCUCUCAAAGAAAUUUUAAAAACGGUUUUACACCAUACAGCCUCAUAUAGAUUACACACAAAAUUUUCAUUAAGCAACGAUACUGUGAGACGACGAAUCGAAAAAAUGGUGGAAGACGUUGAAAAUUCAUUGUGUGAACUUUUAGUAACCACCGAAUUUUCCCUUCAUUGA